AUGCUGAUUCCCGUUUGUUGCGAACGGCUUCCAGUGCGACUGGAAGUAUCGAUAGUUUCAGCGAAAGCUCUACCUGUUAUGAACAAAGUAACCCUUUAGUUAGCUAAACUGUAAUGAACAUUGAUGAUUGACAGUCUAUAAACUCUACCGAUGCGUUUGUGGAAGUUCGAUUUCUGGAAGAAGUUGAGAAAACAGAAGUAGUGACCAGCCUGAAUCCUGUUUGGGACAGCGAGUUCUUCGUUUUCGAGACAGACGAGAAAGAUAUCACCGAAGAAUGGCUUCAGUUUCGGUUGGCAUAUUAUUUUGUGCUCAUGAAAGAUUUAUAAUUAUUAUUCUCAGUGUGAUGGAUCACGAUACCUAUUCUGCAAACGACGCAAUCGGCCGUGUCAGCUUGGAUUGCAACGUGCUUAUCGAGCGAAUGCGGAUGACCAAAGUUGACCUAAUCGACGAACAUAUUGCGCUCAAGAUUUACGACACCAUCUACGGUUAGUUUGAUCUUAAUUUCUCAAACUAUUUCCUUUUCUAGGCAUCCGUGGAGAGUUGACCAUCAACAUAAGGAUCCACCUGCUUAUGCACACUGAUUUCACAAACUACGUACAAGUUUUUAGCGGUCAGUUUUUUAAGACGAACAUGAAGAUGAAUGUUAUUUCAGGUUCAAACAUACCUUCGCAUUUACGUUUUGCUGAAAUUGUUGGAUUGGUCGACAACAUCCGGUGUGAAAAAGAUCCAGACUAUGAAUGGCUUGAUCGGUUCGAUUUUAUCUGCCUAUUGCACUCAUGAUGAUAUGUUUUGCGGUGUUUAACUCUUGAUAAAACUUGGCUUAAUUAUUUAUACUUCCAAACCUACUCAUUCCAAAAAAAUGAAAAAAACUUCCGAUUCAAUUUUUGAAUUUUGUGAUCCUUAAUAAAUUCUAGAGUAAAUUCUAAUUUUAAGUCAUCAACAGUUCAACCAGCUUUAAUUAAAAUUCUGGCCAGUUUCAUAUUUCCCGGCAAUGCAAAAUUUAAAGGCUUCAGAGUAAGUUCAUCCAUUCUUUAUCAACUUGGUCUCCAUUUUAUGUGAUGAAAAAGAUCAAGACUUUGUUUCAGAAUUCGAACGCCAAGAGCUACAAAUGAAGCGCGGCAGGCAGCUAUAAGAGAAACGUUGCGCGAAGCGAUCAUUGGCUUAGCUCACAAAGCCGAUAAAGCUGGUGCAAAUAUCAUAUUGGGGUCCUUUUUUCUCACCAAUAUUCCCGCAAAUUAAAAUUUUUCAGGUUUCAAGAACAUGUAGAUAUGGAAGGCUCGUGUUCUGAUCUACUGACCUGUAGAGUCCUGGGAACCGCCGUCCGAGCCGUUUCCGAUACUUUCAAGCUUUUACCUUACGCCAAACCUCAGAAACCUAUUCUUACGAUGGAUAGAUUGCCAAUGGACAGGUGAGGUUGAGGAAAAUUUUGAAAAAGUGAAUUUUCCAGACAAAUCGGCAUCGGUUCUUUAGUAACAACUAGAACAGUUCAAGUCCUCGGAGAGGAUGAAGACGCGGAAACUGUUCGCAAAGGGUAAUUUACUUUAUUUUGGAGCCUUUUCCCUUUGAUUCGAAAAAUCUGGGCCUUUUUUUGGCUCUUCCAUAGUUUUUUUCUUUUUUUAAAAAAAGUUUGAUCUCAAGAGAAAAUGUUUUAAUAUCAAAUAUUGAAGAUACUGGAGCACUAUGCGAGCAGAACUUUAUCAACAAGCGAGGUCUAUAGGCUGCAAUGUCAUCAUCGCGUACACUGAAAAAUUUGCAGUCAAUGAAGGUUUUUCUAUCGUUUUUCAACCAGUAAUGAAUUUUUUAUCAGGCAUAGCUUUGUUGAGUUGUUCUGGAACGGCAGUCAACUUAUCAGUUGGGACAAGUCUUCUCCAAUUUCCAGCUUUCUCCUCUUCCAUGGACAGCAACUCGCGGAACAGUCCUGUUAGCCACAUACGGGAAGUUUCUGAAAAAGAAAUCAAGGACAAAAAAGCACUAUUCAAAGUGAAGCGGUUUACAUUUUAUCAGUGAUCAUACUCUCUUUUAGUUUCAACUUCAAGACACGCGGGGAAGGUCCGAUUCAACUCCACGAAACUUUCGAUGUGCACAAUUCCAUUCCCCCAUCGAAGGAAGUCGCUUUCCGAUGGCUACGAAGCUUGCCCAAUGUGCAUGUUGCAAGUAAGACUUUCAUGACCAAACUGAUCAACAUCAUGAAAGACAAAUUGAAGGAACGGACAAGUUGCGGAAUUCAUUUUGUCAACAACCCCAUGCCCGCCUCCACAGUAUUACGCUGGACCCAGAAACUUUGUUCAGGUGGCUUUUAUUUGGUAUUAUUGUGUCAAGUUGUUUGAAAAAUAGUAUUCCUCAUUUCUCAAACUGCGCCAUUUUUGUAAUUCGCGAAGGUAGUUCCCGGCAACCACGCGCCAUUAAAGGCAUAAGGGCAGUAAAACGGGGUUUCAAGUGAAAGAAUUAUCUUUUAUAGUUUUUUUUUGCGAAUCGAAUGGUGAACUCAAAAAAACUACAGAUGUGACCACUUUUGAAAAAAAAAAGCGAUUUUACUUUCCCGCCUUUAAUUUUGAAAAAAGUUUUGGAUCGGUGCUCAGACAACUGGUUAUAGUAGCCGUGCACGCGAUGUUGCGGACGUCUUAUUAGACUCGCGUUUUGUGAGAAAUAACCGGAUUUCUGCUUCAAAUUAAGGGUUUCUUCUUUGAAAAAAUCCUUAGUCAAACAAAAAACACACCGUUAAUAAAGGAAACACGAAAUAACGCUAACCCAAUCGAAACCUGUGUAAAAUCAUCAUUUUUCACCAGAAACGCUUUUUUGCGAUCAAAGUUUGCAAAUUAUAAAUGAAUAGAAAGCGUUUGUGACAAAAAGAACUUUGGUGAUAACAGAAAAAAUUGGAAUUUGAAAGAAACGAAGAAAAAAGCAAAAAUUUGGAAGAUGGCGAAGCCUGUUGUCCAUAGAGCAACUUUACUGCAAAGCGCCCUUUUUGCGGGAACUCAAUAUUUCUUCUCUCCGACUUUGAAUAAUUUUUUCUUCAAAACUAGGAACUUCUGUACGUUUCCAAGUUCACCGUUCGAUUUGCAAUGAAAAGCUUUACAAAAUACUGUUUUGAUUUAAAACGCCAUUUUUCACUGCCCCUAUGCCUUUAACUAGAGCUCCAUGCUGUCAUUUUUUUUUUUUUCAUCUUACAUUCAGUUUUUUUACGUUUUGCUUUUUUUCCGACUCCAGGUAAUUUGACAAAAAUACAAAAAUAAAAAAACUCAUGAAAUAGGACUCUCAUUAAAAGGCGCAUGGGGAGUGGCCGCAUAUAUGAACUCUCCUAUGUGAACUCUCAGACGAUGCUGCUUAUUUCAGCUUUCUCCGUGAGAGUUUUGAGAGAUUUUCCGGAAAAACUAACUUUUCUUGACUUUGAUUUGAAAUUUAAUGUAAGUACUGGAUCGAAACAUUUUUUUCUGACAAAAAUUUUUUUCGGUAGAAAAAAAGGAAAGAAUUUGUUCGGUUUAUAGAAGAACGUUAGAAAAUUAUCCUUCUUCCAUUUUAUUUUUGUCAAUACUUUUUGUCUCCAUUUACAGGUGUCGGUCUGUAAAAAACUUACCAGUGACACGAGUGAUCCUUCAGAAUAUGCGGCAGAAGUUGGAAAUGUAAGUUUUUUGUUGUUUCGUUCCUAGAUACAAAUUUAAUUUUAGGCUCUACCUUAUGCGGAUCACGAGCUCAUUGGAAACCUAAUGUCUGAAGCAAAAUCAAUAUAUCCAUUGGGAAAUGCUAUUUUCAAUGCUCAAUGCACAAACUCGAUGUGCGAUGACAUGCUCGUCUGUGUGUUGACUGGUGUUUUGGUCCGACUUCUAGUUGCUCCGGUUAGUUUUUUUUUUCGUGUAUAUUUUGAUGAUAUAUAAAUGUUUCAUUCAUUUUUUGUUAUUUUUUCAGAACCAGACGUAAGAGAACUGCUCUUAACAAGAUAAUUUUCUGAUUGAAAAUGGUUGUGAAACGCCUGUAAAACUUAUUUUCGUAAAAUUUCCAUCACUAAGAAACCUUUCUGCUUUUUUCUAAUGUUGAACAGUAACAAAGUAUCCCAAUUUUCAGAAAAACGAAGCCGCUUCUCCUUCAAUUUCUAAUGUUCUUUCGUUUUCGAAUCUUCAAAAACAGCACGACGCGCGUCGUUUUUCUUGGGGAACUGUACGCGACGCAAUUCGUUUCAAGCCUUCGGUUCAAACAACCGUUACUUUGAAAAUUUUGAACUUGAAGUGAGAGUUUUACAAAAAACAAUGGCGGGACCUUCUGCUCAAUUGUAUGUUUUGAUUAAGGCAAUCUUUUCCAUCGGCUGAGGACAGUUUUGCUGCGGCUAAAUCACGUCUUCGACUGAAUACUUUUGUGGAUAAGGUUUGUUGUUUUCUUCAAAAACGACAUUCGAAAAGAAAAUGCCUCAUAUUUUGCCGAGCCAAAAAAAAAAUCCAAAAAAUUUGUUGCAUGUAAAUAUGAUUUCUGUCGUCCUAAAACAUUGGAUUACGGAUUCUAUUAUUUUUUACUGAUAAUUUUGAAAAAUCGUUGUCAUUUAAGGUGAGAAGAAAGCAACAGAAAGAAUAUGUUUCUCACGUUGUUUUUGAACGUCACUUGAGUCUUUGUAUCGGUAUCCACGAGCCGCAAACAGCCAGCAAUUCAUCUUCAGUUUGUUUAAAAAAAAUGAUUCGUCGAAGAUAACCUUUGCCAGAUUGCUGGAGUACAUCUUUCAUCUUCUCUACAUCCGCAGUUUGUAAACAGAGAUUAUAUGGACAACCACGUGGCCAUUUCCCGUUUCUCUGAUGUUUAUGUCAGGUUUGUACUAAAAAUUGCCAUUUAGAUUACUCAAAAUAGCAAUUUCCUUUGAAUUCUAGAAAACAACUCUUGCUGAAUUUUUUUCAGGGAAGAUCUAACUACUGCCGUCAAGGACUCCACAUCCGUUGAUGGAUUUGUAACGAACGCCUUGGAAGAAAGAGUUGCGAGUGUAAAGGCGUUCAGUUCUCUAGGUGGAAAAGACGCUGUCGUCUCAAAUUUUGGCCUUUCUUGCCCGCAGUUUACUGUUUCGAAAGAACACGCUCAUGUCAUUAUGCUGGUCAGUUUUUGAUUUGAGUCAUUUUUGAAAGUAGUUUUUUUGAUAUUUCACUUUUUUUAUUUUCAAACUUGUUUGGCCUUUUUAUACAUUGAUGAAAAAAAUAAGUAUUGUUUCUAGUCAACUUUUUUUCUGCUCAAUCGUACAUUUUGAAUGCUCAAAAAAACGACCCUGGACUAUUUUUUUCUUUUUUUAUUGGGUUUACGAAUAGUUUUUUUCUAUGUGCUUUAACGCUUUCACCUCUAAAUAAUUCAAAAAUUCAAUUCAGGAAACUAUUCUGAUGGAGAUAUUUUUUUCAGUUUCGAAAAAUCACGUUCUUUUUUUUAUGCAGUUCAAUCAUGCUUUAAUAUUUCAAUUAUUUUUUUGAGCACAUCCGAAUCAAAUUAAAAAAAUGGUUUAAAGUCUCAGCGCUUUCAUUCUUUUUUUGUAUGAUCUCUUUUCUAGUCAAUAUCCUAAUAUUCUUUCAUGUAAAAAUUGUUAAAUAUUGUUUGUCAUUUGUUUUUUUAUAUCAGUUUUUUUCUUUAAUAAAUAUUUGCGGUGUUCUUAUAUGAGGAGAGAAUCAAUUCGUCGAGAAAAAUAAUUGGAUGAAAGAUAUGGUAAGUCGAUACGAGAAAACUUGCAACUUUGUCGCAGUACUUCCACAAUCUUCAUGAUCAAAACAAAGGAAAUGAAUAUUCCUGGUUCGUUUGUUAUUUUCAAGUACGAGACGCAGAGUAAGAAAACAGGUCAAUGAACACACUUGCGUUUGUCCGGAUUCAAGGGGAAGAUUCCGUUUCAAAGUUCAAAGUUAAGUAUGUUUUCUAUUCGUUUGUUCAAAAUGCAUUUCUGUGAUGUUCAGAUGCCACCAUCAUGGCACGGAAGGGACAAUCUCAGGUCAGGUGCCGGACGUCUCCGGAUUCUAUUGCUAUAAAUUAUUAGCAUUAAUCGAUGUCGGCUCCGAAUCUCAUAUUAUUCCUCCUAACACGUCGACUGGAACCAAAAAAAAGCACGUGAGGACUUCACAGCCUUGCGUAUACAUAUACAUUUUUGCGUAUUUUAGUUACAUUGGCACUUAAUGGCACGACAAAUUUGA